AGUGAUCGACGGAUAUGUGUUGCGUGGUGUAUCGCACCGAGACGCGUAAUCGACAGACAGCAGUGGCAGUUGAAGAGAUUCCGAGCGAUUUCACGAUUGAAUUCGCGAUAAACAUCGAUAUGCGAGAUCAGUCUAUCUUGCUUGGCGAUAAAGUGAGCACAAUUACCAAAUUAUCGUCAUUAUCGGCAGAACGAACAUUUAAGAAAAUGUCAAUCCUUUCUCAGCUUUCCCGCCGGAUGCAAAAGACGUUGACAACAAAUGCAAAACCGGAUUUGAACAAAAUUGAGGACAAUCCAGUGUCGAAUGAAGAAUUAAGCGAAACGCAGUCGAAAUCGGCACCGUCCACACUGGAAAAAGAACCGGAAGACGUCGAUGUGUCGAGACGGCAACAGAAAUCGGUACAACCGACAUUAAAGAAAAUGCCGAUCUUUUCGCAACUGUCGCGCCGAUUUUACGAUAUGUUGACAACGGACGCGAAAGCAGAUCCGCCACGGAUUGGCGUCGAAGGCUACACGCACAAUUUGCCACCAACGAGGCACGAGAAGUUGAGGGAAACGCAGUCAGAGUCAACGCCUGCGACGACCCCGGAAAAAGAACACGUCACGGCGUCGAUGCAUCGCCAAAAAUCGGUGCCGAACGACGCGAGACCCACGACACCCACCGAUUUCGGCAAAACUAAACAGGAGGAUCUCCGUUUUUCGAGAUCAACGAGCGAAUCGGAGCACAAACGACCAAAGGCGAAGACGAAAACGAAGCAUGGUAAAUAUUCGCAAGGCACGAGCGUCGUGAGCUACAACAUAGUCAAUUCCAACGGAGUAAACAUCGGAUCACGAACGAGCUAUAUAUGUAAUGUAAAUCAGUAUCCGACGACGCAGUCCGAAGCGGCAUCUUGGUCGAAGCCCAAGUACCGGCCAAUGCCGGAAAGUGUGGAGGAGUUGAGCACAUGCGACGACGAACUUGCGUUCAACGAUAUGCUUAUUAUCAAAACGCACGUCGGUCACGGAUGGCGGGACGUCGCGCGGAGAUUGUCAUACUCGGACGGUCAGAUCGAGCAGUUUGAGGAGAAUUACAGGCAUAAAGGCAUCGACGAGGUGAUCUAUCAACUAUUACUCGAUUGGAAGCAGGCUAAUACGCGAGACGCUAAACUUGGCAUAUUAGUCAGCAUAUUGUGGUCUUGUCAAGAGUACGAUUGCGUCGAGCGAUUAGCCGCGACUCGCUCCUCGUCUUACAAUUAGUCAGCAUGACACGUGCGAACUCUUCUCAAGAGUACGUGUGCAAACAAUUGUGUGUGACUUCUUUUCUAUUUACUCUCAAAAGUGUCAUUCCAUAUUUUACUUUUAUAUACAUAUAUAUGUAUAUACACAUCGGUCUAUCGCACCGUAGCACAUAAGUUUUUUUAGAUAUGCAAUCUCAAUUACGAAGGUCAUUCACAUCCUCGUGUUGUGUCGAAUCGACGGAAGAGACAUUAUUGACCGUACUGAUUUGCAUAGGAGGCGUAUUGUAUACGAAAUUACAAUUACGGAAUUUUAUUUAGUGUUUAUGCGAGAGCCGGGAAACAUGAUCUGGUCAAUAUUUGGAGCCAAUAGUAUCAACAUUAUUUUAUGCAAUAUACAUGUUUAACAUGGACAUAUAUGUAUGUUUUUUAUUUGUAACUCAUACUCAUAAAAAUCAGAGAGAAAUAAAACUGCAAUUUUCCAAAA